AUGGAGGUGUGCUGGGGUAAGCGGUACGAUGACUACGCGCUGUACGUGGUGCGGCCCGAGGCGGAGGCCCACAUCAAGUACCUGCAGACCCUGCAGGACAACAAGUUCAUGGAUGUGAUAUUCCUGCGGUCGCCCAACAUGUUCGACAACUUGCCGCUACUCGUCAACCGCGACGAUCAGGACCAGUUCAAGGAGCGAACACAGCAUUUUGCUAUCAAAACUGAACGUGUGUUUCCUGACAUUCAAAGAGAAUUCGAGAUGCAAAGUGGUAAAGAUUCGUCAGAAAUGCAAAACAGGAGCAUAUGGGAGUACUAUCACACGUUGAAUGAUAUUCACAAAUGGCUGAACAAAACUGCUGCUGAGUACUCCAGUAUAACAAAGUUACAGCCAAUCGGGAGAUCGGCGGAAAACAGAACGAUAUAUUCGUUUUGUAUAAAGGAGCGGGGGGAAAAUAAUUACAAGGUGAUCGUGGAAGCAGGGACCCAUGGACAUGAGUGGAUAUCAACCGCGGUGGCCAUGUACCUCAUCGACCAGCUGUUGACGAGCAAUUUUAAUCUUUUAGUAGAACUAAAACAAAUGUACACGUGGUACUUCAUACCAGUGGUAAAUCCCGAUGGAUACGUUUAUUCUCAUGAGCACGAUCGCCUAUGGAGAAAAAACCGGAGGAGAACUCAAGGCAAAUUUGUCGGUGUGGACCUCAACAGGAAUUUUAAAUUUAAUUUUGCAUUGUACAGUGUAGUGUGGUCAGUAAGCGCAGUGUAA